AUGUCCGACCGCGAAUUUAACUCUAACGACGACCUGUCGCUUCCAAAGGCGACGGUCCAGAAGAUCAUCACUGAGAUCUUGCCUCCUUCUUCCGGCCAGACUUUCUCCAAAGAUGCGCGCGACUUGCUUAUGGAAUGCUGCGUGGAGUUUAUCACCUUGAUCUCCUCCGAGGCCAAUGACAUCAGCGAAAAAGAAGCUAAGAAGACAAUCGCAUGCGAACACGUGGAGAAAGCUCUAAGAGAUCUUGGGUUCGGGGACUACAUCCCCUAUGUCCUUGCGGUCGCUGAAGAUCACAAAGAACAAUUAAAGUCUCGAGAGAAAAAACAGAGCAAGAUGGAGCAGAGUGGACUUUCGGAAGAAGAGCUGCUGCGACAACAGCAGGAGCUAUUCCGCUCUGCGACGGAGAAGUAUAAUGCGGCGGAGUAG